AAUCAUAGUUAGCCACAUAGUAAAAUGACACUUAAUCGUAUUUGACUUGUAAAUGUUGUAAAGUACCACCAUUUCAAUUAAUAACGUUAACAAUGUUUCUGUCCAUUAGUUCGAAGAUAUUUUAUUAAAACAAAUACUUAAAGACACACAAAAAUGUUCGUGCUACCCACUAAAUAUAUUUUGGCGUUGAUAAUAAUAUUGAAUAUUACACCAUACAUCUUUUCUGAAGAAUCAAAAUGUCAAACUUAUGCUGAUGGAACAGUUUUUCCAACAAGUACUGUGGAAUCAACUAGUCAUAAACUUCAAUAUACUAAAGCACUAAUAUCAAAACCAGCCCCAGAUUGGAAAGGAACUGCAGUUAUUAAUGGAAAGUUGCAAGAGCUAAAAUUAAAUGACUUUAUUGGAAAAUAUUUGGUGUUUUUUUUUUAUCCUUUAGAUUUUACAUUUGUAUGCCCAACUGAGAUAUUGGCGUUCAAUGAUCGAAUUGGAGAGUUUAGACAAAUUGGAGCUGAAGUUGUAGCAGCAUCUGUUGAUUCACAUUUUACUCAUCUAGCAUGGGUUAAUACACCUCGUAAAGAUGGUGGUCUAGGAAAACUAACUAUUCCACUUUUAUCAGACUUGACUCAUAAAAUAUCAAAAGACUAUGGUGUUUACUUAAGUGAUGUUGGUCAUUCUUUAAGGGGAUUAUUUAUCAUAGAUAACAAAGGUGUUCUAAGACAAAUAACAAUGAAUGAUCUACCUGUUGGUAGAAGUGUUGAUGAAACUUUAAGACUGGUACAAGCUUUUCAAUAUACAGAUAUGCAUGGUGAAGUAUGUCCUGCAAAUUGGAAACCUGGCGAACAAACAAUCAUUCCUGAUCCUAUUAAGAAAAAGGAAUAUUUUGAUAAGCUAAAGGAACUGUAAAUUAUCUAAGCGAUCUCUAGAAUAUUUUACAUCACAAAUUAAGUUAUAAAUUAUUACUUAAUAUAAACUUGUAUAAAUUAAUAACAUUUAUUUUAUAUAAACUAAAAAUAGUGAUUUAUUUUUUACUCACUACUUUUGAAUUAAAAAAAUAAUUAAUAUUUUAUUUUUAAUUUUUAAUUUUUGUCAUGGUUUGGUAAUGUUACA